UAGAAACGGGCAAAGGCACAGUUGCUCACCCAGGCAUACCUGUGGUCCUUGGGGCAGGUCCCUCUGCCCCUGCACACUGGGAGCCCCGUGUCCCCAGCAGGACGUGCCUUGUGUCUUGCUGGUGCCCAAGCACUUUGCAGCCCCGGGGCCAUGGGGUGAGCAGGGUGCACCGCUUUCCCUCGGGCAGGUGACACCAGGCCGCUGCCCUACAGGGAUGCGGCUGCCUGGCCACAGGGAAAUAUUUUGCUCUUGUUCCAUAAAAGCCAUUUGUGUGUCCCUCCCCGCUGUCAGGGACCCAGCUCGGGGGAGGAAGUCAAUGGCUACUCAAGAGGCAGAAGCACAGGAUGGGGACAGCAUGCAGAUGGAGGUGUCCUCUCCACCGAGGGGGCCAUGGGCUGUCCCUUGCUUCUUCUUGCUCCUGCCCUGCCCAGCCCCAGCGCCAGGUAGGGCCACCUACCAACCUGCCCUGGCAGGUCCACAGAGCCCUGCUCAGCCCCCCAUCUCGGUCCCCAGCUCUCAAAGCAGAGCUCAAUUCACAGGAGAAGCUGGCGCCACCGCAAGAAUGUGUUUUAUCUCUGGCCAGCUGACCCGUGACGAUUCCUGCCAGCCACCCCAGUUUUGGGCUGGAAGUGACCUAUUUACAGGAGGUGAGCUCCCCGUCGGCCCGGAGCCAGCAUGGGGUGGUACAGGGGAGGCUGUGGGGAAGCAGGGCUGUGGGCUGCUGCCCCAGUCCCUGCAAAGCCCCCGGCACAGGGCCAGGCCCAGCACAGUGCAACCGCCCUGGGCACUGGCCUGGCUGGGGCCGGGCCGGCAGGAAAAGGUGGGUCCUCUCCGAGCAUCAGGAAGCGGCCAGGGAGGAGACCAGACACAGGGGAGCCACAGGGAACAGGGACGUGGGCUCAGCAUUGUCUUCCACGGAGCGGAGGCAGAGCGGGGUGUCGCUGCCGGGGCACAGGCUGCCCCAGCUCCCGUCCCGGCUGCAGUGGUGCCUCUGCGGGGGCUCAGUGCUCCCCGAGACAGACUGAGGAGCCAGCCUGGUUGUCCCUUGCCCCUGUUCCUGCCAGCACGGCCAGUGCUAGCAGGGAGCUUACUGCCCAGGGAGGACCAGAGCUGCGGGGAGCCAUGCUCAGAGCACGCACAGUGAGGGCAGAAUUCAUCCCCAGAAGGGGAAGCGCUUUCCGCAGAGGCAGAAGCACGGCUUCCCACAGUUCACACACGCCAGAACUUGCUGGAUGUUUUCUCUCACAGGGGCACGGAGGGUGGGCUGCUUCCAGCCCUGGCCAGAAGGGACAUCUCCAGAGCAUCUGCCUCCAAGGUCAGCUUGGUGCCACCUACCAGCAGCAGCCCGGCUCCGCUGGAAGAAAAACAAGAACAGAAAAGCCCUCGAGUCUUGUCCCCAGCCCAGCUACUGUUCUCCUGUUAUUCCAUCAUUCCAUCCUUUGCCAUGCCCGGACAGGCAGGUGACUCCCACGCCCCUCAGCAACCACAGACACCCUCCCAGACCCAUAACCUGCUCAGCCCAGUCCUGUCCUCCGAAAGCCCAAGCGCCGGGGUGACAGGCAGCAUGGCCAGUUGCAGGCCGGGGCUGCGGGAGCCCCACUCCCACCCCAGCAAGUCCCAGGCUGGCAGUUACACAAUUGCCUUUCCACAAGCACAAGGAACUGCUUGGAGAGAUUUGUGCAGAACAGCAUGGAAGCAAAACAAACCUGUUCUUGAACUUUGAAAGAUAUGUCAUUCGAGGGACUUGCCAUAUGGGUCACCCCCUCCUUUACCCCUGAGAUCAUGGUUUGGGCCAAGAUGCCUGGGGUUUAGAUCAAGGUGCAGGUGAGGAUUUUUCCUCCUGAGAUUCUGCUUUCUCAGCUGUUAAAGCAACUAAUAAAGAAUGUCAUCUCUGUCCCUGCCUCCCCCUUCACUGCUGCAGGCCCAGGAAGCUCCCAACCACUUU